AACCUCCACCUUCCGCUAGCCUCUGUAGCUAGCAGCUAAGCCGAACAUGGAGCCGGUGGAGCUGGACGGCAGCGUCAUGGAGGGGGGCGGGCAGAUCCUGCGCGUGUGCGCCGCGCUCAGCUGCAUCACGGGGACGCCGAUCCGGGUCCGAAACAUCCGGGCCGGGAGGAGCACGCCGGGGCUCAGGCCCCAGCACCUAUGCGGCCUGCAGCUCCUCUCCCAGAUGACCUCGGGCCUCCUGCAGGGGUCGGAGGUCGGCUCCACCCACAUCACCCUGGAGCCCCGGGCCGUAGGGGGCGGGGCUUAUACUGCUGACACACACACUGCUGGGAGUGUGUGUCUCCUCCUGCAGGCCUCACUUCCCGUCUCGCUCUUCUCCAAUCAGAGGACGGAUCUGGUCCUGAAGGGCGGGACUGAGACGGAGCUGGCGCCGCACAGCGACUACACCCUGAAGGUUUUCAAACCCAUCGUGGAAAAAUUCGGAGUUCAGUUCGACUUCGACGUCGUCAAGAGGGGCUUCUACCCUAAAGGAGGGGGCGUGGUCUCCGUCUCCGUCCAGCCAAUCCGGCAGCUGCAGCCCGUCGUCAUGGAGACCAGAGGGGGCGUGGCCAGGAUCACGGGGACGGCCUUCGUGGCCGGAGUGCUGCCCAUCAAGCUAGCUAAAGCCAUGAGCGCGGCCGCCGCCCGCGCCCUCCGCGCGCACGUGGCCGGCGCGCACGUGGACGUGGCGGCCACCAACGAGAGCCAAUCGGCGUUCGGCAACGGCAGCGGCAUCCUACUCGUCGCCGAGACGACCGGCGGGUGUUUGCUAGCAUCGUCGGCGCUAGGGAAGCGAGGCGUGUCUCCGGAGCAGGUGGGCGUGGCCGCCGCCGAGGCGUUGCUGGGCAACCUGCGACACGGCGGCUGCGUGGACGACUUCCUGCAGGAUCAGCUCGUCAUCUUCAUGGCGCUAGCUAGCGGCCGCUCGCGGAUUCGAACCGGCCCCCCCACGCUGCACACGCGCACCGCCAUCCACGUCGCCGAGGCGCUAACCAAGGCCAAGUUCACCAUCACCAAGUGCGAGGACGCUAGCGCCGACGCUAACGCUAGUGCUAGCGACAGCUACCUGAUCGAGUGCGACGGCGCCGGCGUGGAGAACACAGACCUCUAGCACGCGUGCGCGCGCGCGCACACACACACACACACACACACACACACACACACACACACACACACAUACAUAAAUAAAUAAAGGUCCU